ACCUCCUCGUGUUUCCAGCCAGCAGCCACCUAAACCCCUUUGAUGUUUAUGUUAUGUGAAGAUUUCGCGAUAGACAGUGGACACUUUAAAAAAUCUUGCCACGUUUUUGCUGUUAUCAAAAGCUGCAGGGCGGAAUCUCUGGGCACUCCCAACGUGUAGUGGUCCAAGAGGUUGAAUUACAACAAAAACGAAUCCGCUGAAAACUCCGCCCAUGAUUUCAUUCCCUGUCGUGGACUGGCGGAAUUUAAGAUCACUCAAUAGUAAACUGGUUACCAUGGACUUUAGCUUGUCAGUAUCCAUGAGGACAUGAUUUUUUGUUGGAAUAGUAAGCACUAGGAAGCUACCUCUGUCAAGGUGGUAUCAGAAAUUCAUUUAGGGAACAAGAAGGGAGCUUACAGGCUAAUUAUUUGAACAUUUCUAACCCUUUGAACAGUCAGCAUCCGUGCACUUACGAUGGCUCCAAGGAAGAAUUUCAGAAACCAAGCCAAAAAAGAGGUGAAGCCCGCAGCAGUGGUGAAUAAGAAUGGCGUGAAAAUGGAGACUGCUGCUAGUGGGGGUGGUGGUGGUGCUGGUGGUUUUAGCGGCACAAAGAUCUUCACCUGGUUCAUGGUGCUGGCUCUGCUGGGGGUGUGGAGCUCCGUGGCCGUGGUGUGGUUUGACCUGGUGGACUACGACAACGUCAUCGCAGAGAGAGCAAAGGAAUUCCGUUAUAACUUUUCAGAGGUUUUACAAGGUAAACUUUCAGCGUAUGACGCAGAUGGCGAUGGCGACUUCGAUGUGGAGGACGCCAAAGUACUACUCGGUCUGAAGGAGAGGCCGGUUUCUGUGGUGCUGAGGGAAACCAAGGAGGAAUCUGCUGUGAAAGAACCAGAUGCUGUCCCCACUCCUGAUGAUGAUGUUGAUGGAGCUCAAAACACGGAUGUGGAGUCUGAAAUCCAAGCUGCUGUCCCUCUCCCCCCGAUAUCAGAUGAUUUUAUCCCAGAUGAUAGUAGAGAUGAAGCAACACAUCCUUAUGAGGGUGAAAACGAUGCCAUUGACACAAAAGGAGAAUUGGUUGAGAAGGCACAGCCACAGCAGACAGAAGAAGAGUCAGAGCAGUACAAUGACCAGUCAGGUUCCCAGGAGGCACAGGAAGCAGAGGCUGAAUCAGUCCCAGAACCGGAGGCUGACGUGGAACCAGAGGUGGAAUCUGUUCCGGAACUGGAAGCUGAAUCAGUCCCAGAACUGAAAGAAAAUGCUGAGGUCCAACCCAAGGAUAAGCUUAAAGAAAAAGCUAAAAAGAAGAAGCCCAAACUCCUGAAUAAAUUUGAGAAAACAAUCAAGACGGAGAUUGACGCUGCUGAGAAGUUACGUAAAAAGGGGAAAGUGGAGGAGGCUGUCCGGGCUUUUGAAACUCUAGUUCUGCAGUACCCCCAGAGUCCCAGGUGUCGCUAUGGGAAAGCUCUGGCUGAGGAUGAUCUGGCAGAGAAGAUGCUCAGCAACGACAUGCUGCAGAAGGCCAUCGGCACAUACAAGGAGGCGUCAGAGCUGCCCAACGCCACGCCUGACCUCAUCAAGGCCACAUUGAAGAAACGGGCUGAGCGUCAGCAGUUCCUAGGUCGUAUGAGGGGUGCCUUGGCCACGUUGGAGAAACUGGUACAGAUCUUCCCUGAGGACGUGGCCCUGAAGAACGAUCUGGGCGUGGCCCAUCUGCUCAUCGGAGACAACAAGAGCGCCAAGAGGGUCUACGAGGAGGUGUUGGCCAUUGCACCAAGUGACGGCUUUGCUAAAGUCCAUUACGGCUUCAUCCUCAAAUCAGAAAACAAGAUAGCAGAGAGCAUCCCAUUCCUCAGGGAUGGUUUGGAAUCAGGAGACCCUGGCACAGACGACGGCAGGUUUUACUUCCACCUCGGAGACGCUUUACAGAGAAUGGGAGAUGACAGUGCCUACAAAUGGUAUGAGAUAGGGCACCAAAGAGGUCACUUUGCCUCCGUAUGGCAGCGAUCUCUCUACAAUGUGGACGGUCUCAAAGCCCAGCCGUGGUGGACGCCCAAGGACACUGGCUAUAUGGAUCUAGUCAAGACCCUGGAGAGGAACUGGAGGACCAUCAGGGACGAGGCCCUGUCAGUGAUGGAUAAAACCACCGGCCUCUUUGUUCCAGAGGAGGAGAACCUCAGAGAAAAAGGGGAGUGGGGUCAGUUUACCCUCUGGCAGCAAGGCAAGAAGGCAGGGGAGUCGUGCCGCAGUGUUCCAAAGACCUGUGGCCUGUUGGAGCGCUACCCGGAGGCUACGGGCUGCAAGAGAGGACAGAUCAAGUUCUCGGUGAUGCAGUCUGGUACUCAUGUCUGGCCUCACACGGGGCCCACCAACUGUCGCCUGCGCAUGCACCUGGGCCUGGUCGUCCCCAAGACGGGCUGCAAGAUCAGGUGCACUAACGACACCAGGGCUUGGGAGGAGGGGAAAGUGCUAAUCUUUGAUGAUUCCUUUGAGCAUGAGGUGUGGCAGGACGCCGACAGCUACCGGCUCAUCUUCAUCGUGGAUGUGUGGCACCCCGAGCUCACCCAGUACCAACGGCAGACUCUCUCCCCCAUUUAGACUGUCCGACAGACUGUCAGACAGGCAGACAGAUGUGCAGACAGACUGUCGCCUACUCGAGUGCUGGGGUUAACACGCUUAACCCAUGAGAACAGAAGGGUCCAAGGUAUCUGUCAACCCAUUCCCUCACAAGUAUUGACCCCACAGCCAGCCAUUUUAGGUCAAACGUGACAAAUGUGACACUUGCCUUUGCUCAGUCCAGGGCGCCAUUUUGGCUCCAUCUUGAAGAGUUACUAAAGGCCCUCUCAGAUUGGAAAAAGCCUUACAACGACCCUUGGGAACACUGACUGCUAACUGUGGUACUCACCAAGUAGGUUUUUAGGCAUAAAUAUGAAUUUAUAAGAACGGUAAGGUGUGGGUUGAAUAUCAUGUAGGUUGUGUUGUAAAUUUUUCACAAGUGCAUUCUUGUUUUUUCAUUAGGGAACCAAAGUGCUAUAUGUCUGAAACAUACAGUACCUACAUGAACUUCACAAAGCUGUACUAUUGCAGUUUGCGAGUUUACUGUUGGACACUUACUGAUACUUUAAAGGGAUAAUUCAUUUCUUACCUCAAGAAAAUGUAGUUGAUUACUUUUGAGGUAAGUAAAUGAUAUGGGUUAAAACACAGAAAACUAUCCUUUUAAGAUGUUGCUAAGCUAGCUAAACCUCUACUAGCUGAAAGUGGGAACCUAAAUCUGUUGUUUCUCUAACACGUAAUUUGUGAAUAUACUUCCUGUAACUUCCAUGGCUUUAUACAGUAACCUGCCUCUUACUGUAUUUUGGGAGAAAAACUAUUGUAAAAUACAGACACAGUACUUAUUAGGCCAUUCCAUUUCACUUGUAGGAUUUUCGCAUGUCACUUUAGAUCAAUGAAUGGGACUUCACAAUGCCAAGAAUAUGUUUUUAUUGCAGAAUUAAUAUUGCCAAGAAAACCUUGACUGACACAUCUUAUUUUUGUACGCUAACAAUAUACGCUAUUUUCAACUGCACCUUGACCUGGGAGCGCACACAAACCAUUCUACUCAACAGGCUUGUCUUUGUCAUUUAAAAUCCUGCCAAAUGUGUGAAUUUACAUUAUUAAAUGUGUCAUAUGAACACGUGACUGAAGGCAUGUAUUUUGUAGAUGCAUAACAUUUUAAUGUUUUAUAAAAUUACAAUUUCCCUGUGUAAAACUUCGGCAGGAGCAUGUUAAAUGUACACCAGUCUUGUCACACUGCAUUCUUACCUGGGUCAAAUACAUGUCAAAUACUUCAUCUGCUCUUAAUUUAGUUUGCCUUGUACAAUGGAACCAAUGGAAUAGUCCCUAAAAGGAGAACCCCAAGCUAAAUCAAGCAUAGACUAUACUUGAGUAUUUGAAAGUAUUGGACCCAGAUCUGCUCCAUUCCAUGUAUAGCAGAGCUGAUUAGAGGGUCUUUGCCUAACCAAUGUUGUUGAUAUUCAAAAGAAAAGUGCCAAAGCAUAUUCUUCUAGAUAUGUUAUUUAAUCACUCUCUAUGGGCAAUGGUAGUCAGCUUCAUUGGAGCAAUGAAAUGCACCUGUGAGACAAUAAAACAUUAUAUAUCUGACAAAUUCUUGGCAAUCCCAGGGACUCGUCACAAUACGAGAUUCAGAUGUCCAAAACCGUUCAUAAUGAACUUCCAAGUGGGAACUACGAGUGGGAAACUUGGGUAACAUCAUUUUACCCUCAACUUCCCUACUUCAGAGGAGCAUGUCAAUACAUCAUAAUGCCAUGUCGAACCCUUAGGCUCAUUGAAUUGCCUUUCAACAUUGUGGUUGUGUCUCAUGGACAUUGGUACUGUAAGUCGCUCUGGAUAAGAGCGUCUGCUAAAUGACUAAAAUGUAAAUGUAAAUGUGUCUUGGGGUAUUUGUGGUUAUCAGUUUGGGUUGUGACGAUGACACUCAAGUUAUCUCCUCCAUGCUUCAAAUGAUUUCCUUAGUUACAAGGGUAACAAAUCAAGCACCUUCACAAAGCCACAUCGUUUGAGUUUUCACCUUUUAUGGUACUCUUAUGAAUUGCUAUCACUCAUCUUAGAUAUGAAGUUAAUACUUUUAUGGUGUUGAUAUCACUGAGCUGUUCCAACUGUUGUAACUGGCCUUCCAAGUAAGUAAUGUUUCUUUCAAUUAUAUUUUGUGUGUUGUAAUUAGUUGCACUGAAUGAUUGUAAAGCUAUUUUUCAGUAAAUUAAACAUUUGGUCAAAAUGGUG